ACGCGUGCGCAGUGCCUCGGCUCGGCUCGGCUCCGCUCCGCUCCCGCUGCCUCUCCCUCUCCCCCCCGGUGCCGAGCCCGGCGGCAGCGCAGCGGCGGCGGCGGCCGGGGGCAGCGGGGCAGCGGCGGCAGCGAACGGCGCUGCUGGGCGGAGGCAGCUCGGAUGCCCGGCCCGCUCCAUCCAGGAGGCUGCAGGGACGCUAGCGGGGCUGUGUCGGCGCCACGGGUCCCCACCCGCAGCCUGGGAGGAGCGGCGAGCAGCAGAAGGGCCCCCGCAGCGCGACCCCCCCACGUCCACCGUGUAUGAGGCUGGGACGCAGUACGCAGGACCCGCGUCCGCAGAGACACCCCUUCCGAUGUCCCGGCAUGAGACUUCUCCGACAACGGUGCAACCCGCCAGCAACCACCGCCCCAACGCCUGCUGCUUCUGCUGGUGCUGCUGCUGCAGUUGCUCGUGGAACGAGGACCGGGAGCGAGCAUGGAGGGCGUCUCGGGAGACCAAACUGGAGACCAUCCCAAACUGUGAAGCGUGCGCCAAACCCACGCCCGAGGAGGUGCGGGGCUGGGCACAGUCCUUCGACAAGCUGAUGAAGAGCCCGGCGGGCCGCAACGUCUUCCGGGAGUUCUUGCGGACUGAGUACAGCGAGGAGAACAUGCUCUUCUGGCUGGCGUGCGAGGAGCUCAAAACCGAGUGCAACAAACACACCAUCGACGAGAAGGCCAGGAUGAUCUACGAGGACUACAUCUCCAUCCUCUCGCCCAAGGAGGUGAGCCUGGACUCGCGGGUGCGGGAGGUCAUCAACCGCAAGAUGCAGGAGCCGUCCUCGCACACCUUCGACGACGCGCAGCUCCAGAUCUACACGCUCAUGCACAGAGACUCCUACCCUCGCUUCCUGAACUCUGCCAUUUACAAAUCGCUGCUCCAGAGCGUCUCCCGCUCCUCCUCCGAGUCCUAAGGGCACCCGCCGGCCACGGGGACGCCAGCGGGGACGCGGCACCCUGGGGAGGGUGUGUGUGUGGGGGGGGGA